AUGGCUGGCUUACCAACAGACAUUAUCACCGCCGUCGUUUCCACCUGGGCUGCCGCCACUUUGGCGCUCGCAGCACGAGUUUUUGCAAAGCGGAUGACCAAAGUGCGCUGGUGGCUCGACGACUACUUUUGUAUAGCCUCAUUUCUAUUCUGCUGUGGGUACAGCGGUGUCAUGGUCUAUUGGGCCGAGUCAUGGUACUUGGGUAGAAACAUACCUGAUGAGGUUGGAUCUGACCGAUACGAAGUCAUCAAUAUGCGGUCGAGAUUGAUGCAAUUUUUGGUGUCUUUUACCUAUUCUUAUGCUAUAGGUUUCUGCAAGCUAUCUGUUCUUCUAUUUUACUGGCGAAUCUUCCAAUUAUCCGCUAUUCGUACACCGAUCUUGAUCACGGUUGUCAUUACAGUCUGCUGGCUCAUCCUACGCACCUUCAUGGUUAUCUUCAGAUGUGUUCCAGUACAGGCAUACUGGAACAAGUCUAUAGAAGGCGCUAAGUGUGAUAUCAACGACUCACAGUUUUUCUUUGGCACUUGCCUAACGCACUUCGUAUUAGACGUUGUCAUAUUAGCCCUGCCCAUUAUCGAAGUGAUCAAGCUACGGCUUCGUUUGGGCCAGAAGCUUGCCAUUGCCGCUCUUUUUCUCGUUGGCUUUAUUGUUUGUGUUGCUUCCGUUUUUGUCAUCAUCACGUCGAUUCAAUACGACGUUAAGACCACACAGAUGCCUCACGACAUUGCUUGGUGUAACACUUGGGGAUGCAUCGAAAUAAACGUCGCGAUCGUUUCUGCCUGUUUUCCUCUGCUACGGCCGAUCUUCAAAGUCAUUCUCCCCAGCAAGCUUCUCAGUUCUUUUCAAAGCAGUCACCCUAUCAGCCGAAGUGCUCGAGUUGAUAUCCGUCUGGAAACAAUCAGUCGAACGCUGAAGAAGAAAGAAGAAGACGAGUCCAGCUCGACAUACGGCCUCGCAGACCACGAGCAAGAGGCGCCUCGAGACUAUACGGAAGGUCCCCAGACGAUCAUAUCUAGUGAGACAGACGACUAUAAUAGCUCGCAUGAGUACCACUGCACCGGUAUCUACGUCCGCAGGGACAUGAUGAUCGAAGUGGAAGAUGCCAAGCCAGAUGCGCAUAUUGUAAGGUGA